AUGGACGAUCACGACAAACUGAUUUAUCUGCUCAACAAUCCGGAUUCUUCGAGUGCACCCGAAAAUCCGCAAUGGAGUGAGCUGCUGGCCCCGUAUCUAGAGAAUUCUCUGAUACAUGCAAGCUCUUAUACUGCUCACGAGAUCGCGAAGCACGUCAGAUUUUUCGUCAACAUCAUCGCCCCUCAUAUCGGUCCUGGUCCCUUAGUGUCCGGCUCUGGAGAGUCUCCAUAUUAUCAACCACAGUAUCCUUCUUCCAUGACCAAUGACCUGACUCCAUUCCAAUUAAGCCUUUGUUGGAAAGAGCGUAAACAAGAAGGCAAACCUAUUGUACGGUUCAUCAAUGAUAUGAUUCCGCCGGACGGUGAAAGGACCCGAGCAGCAUCGCUCCAAGAGUCACUGCGCCUUAUCGGCGCCCUAGAGAAGGUUACUCAGGACCUGUCGUUCGGCCUGACACUUCAUGUAUUGCCAGACAUUUGGAAGGCAGUUUCACGAUGCUUACAAGAUUCAGAGCCCAGUAUCCAUCCGCAGGGUGACUGCCCGCUAUGCGGCCCAUCCUCUGGAUUCAUCGGCUUUGGCCUGAAGCGAUCGGUGGUCAGCAGCAAAUUCUACUGGUUGCUUCCAUCCUGUCUCGAUAUCCCUGAAGUCUUGAACUUGAUGGACAGCGUCUUCGCAGCAUGUGCCCCUGUCCACGAAUUCUUUGCAUCCCCCGUGUUUCAGAGAUCAUGGAGUCAAAUCCGCCAACAUGUUUUCACUAACCCCGAGACUCUGAGGCCGCGCAUGUUGUCAAUCGAUGCUACAGCCUUCCCAGCCCCUCGGAUCAAAUUUUACACGCGCUGUCUGUUUCAUGGAGACAGGGGCUUUGACUCCUGGAAGCAGCACCUCCGAUUCAACGAGUCGAUAACAUGUCCUGAUGGUUUCCUCUCGACAUGUCGCGAUCUCUGGACGUCUUUAGUGACGGCUCCCGAUGAAUGGGCAAGCACACGACCCGGUGUAGGACCCAAAUACUGCCUGAUCCUCUACGAACUGACCGCGUCAUCUUCCACACCCACUGUGAAUGGAACGAGCGAGUUACGCCAGAAAAUCUCCAGCAAGCUCUAUGUGAUGUGCCAGGAGAUACCACAUCCCGAUUCUUUCAUUGCCACGCACUUACUCCGGCAUUGCAACCUAGCUGCCGAAUCAACCAUUUUACGUGCUUUUGCCGCCGGAACUAAACCGACCAAUUUUAUCUCCGAGAUUGGUCUUGCGCCACGAACGGAGGGCGCCGAAGCCUCCAUCUAUCUGAGUCCGAGCUUUUUCGCGCGCAGGAAGUGGGCUACAGCUGAAGACGGAUACUUUUGCAAGCCUCGUAUCACUCUUCCAAACUGA